GCAUGCCAAAAUCGUAUAGACACGAUGAUGUUAUUUUUAUGAUAGGCAUAACAUACAACUAUAAAGACGACAAAGACGUUAUUUGUGAAGAUGAAAAAACAUGCAUUACUGAUUUUGCAAAACGCGUAAUUCAAGAAGAUCCUGAUAUCAUCGUCGGAUAUAACAUAUUCAACUUCGACUUCAAGUACAUUUAUGAACGGAUGCAGCUGCAUCUUUUGAAUAUUCCUAAUAUGAGCCGCAUACCGUGUUUACCUGUUGUAUUUGAAGAAUUCUCGUGGCAGAACGCGAGCUACGGCAGCAACAAAUUUAUUAAGCCGCAAAUCCCCGGGCGGACUGUGAUUGAUGUGUUUCAGUAUUUCAAACGAAUGAACAUCGAUCGACACUCAUUACAAUAUGUAUCUCAAACAUUCCUUGGAGAAACUAAAAAUGAUUUGGAUUACAAAGAUAUGAUGAAGAUGUGGAAAGAAGGCGACACCGAAAAGAUUAAGGAGUACUGUGCCCAGGAUGCAUAUUUGGUACUGCGGCUGAUCGAACGUUUCGACAUCCUAGUAGACCUUAUGGAGCGUGCUAGAAUUCUGCGGUGCAAGCCUGAAGACAUUUUAACUAGGGGAGAACAGUUUAAGGUAAAUCACAACCUGAUUUUUGAGUGUGUGCGACGUGGGUUCGUACUUGAGUCUACAAACUUUCCAUCCUGGACCGAGUCAUAUGAGGGUGCAACAGUAUUCGACCCCGAACCAG